CCCAGCUCAUGCUUCUGACCUUCCCCUCUGAGGCGCGUUUCGUAAGAAGGGAGCCCGGGACUCCGUGGGGUUGGGCGGCGGGGAGAGGAGGGGGAAGACGCGGCGGCGCGUUCUUUCCGCGGGGCCAUGUCGGGGCCUGCAGCUGCCGCCGCCGGCAUAGUUGUUAGGAUUUUGGACAAACGUAUUCCUUCUGCUCUGCGUGCAAGUGGAGGACCAUGUCGGUUCGUGAACAGGAGGAUGUGCAGCAAAACCCAAGCAGAGAAUGUGCAGAAGCCAAAACCCCCGGCUUCAGCAAGUUUCAAAGUUCCAGGACACAAGCCCACUGACUGGGACAAGAAGUUGUUGCUAUGGACGGGCCGUUUCAAGAAAGCAGAAGAUAUACCUGAAACAGUGUCGUUUGAGAUGGUUGAUGCAGCGAGGAACAAGAUGCGUGUGAAGAUCAGCUACUUAAUGAUUGCCUUGACAAUCAUGGGCUGCAUAACGAUGGUCAUUCUGGGGAAGCGGGCUGUUGGGAGGCAUGAAUCUCUGACAAGCCAGAACCUGGAGAAAAAAGCUCGCUGGAGAGAGGAGGCCGCUCAGAGUGUCUCUGCCAAACCGUAGUCAAGUGGAAGGGCAAUACUUCAGAAGGCACGAGAUGUAUUGUUACCUUUUAAUUAUAGAGGAGGAGGAGGGGCUUGAGGGGGAUGCAUAUUAAUUAGUUAAGGGUUGCUUUCGAGCUUAAAUAAAAUUAUUUUGUGGUAAUCCUAUGAAGAUUUCAUAUUUUGCUAGUAUCCAAUAACUAUUCAGUUUCAAAGAAAGCUAAAUACACUAUCCAAUUCCGUUCAGUUCCCUGUUACUGUAUGUAUGAAAAUAUUCAUUGCACAUUCUGUAUUGGUCGAUAGGCUUGUUGAAGCAAGGUAUUGAAUUCACCUUGAGUGAAUACAUAGGGUUUUUUAAAAUAUAUAUAGCACAAGUAUCUUAAUGGUGUGUGAUCUAACACUUUGAAACAGCAGUAAUAGAAUGUAGAUGCUACCGCUUGCUCUCAUAUCAUCUACCAGCUGUGAAUGUUUUUGGAUGCUAAUAUCUAAUUCUGGUUUUCUGUUCUGUUGAUAUCAUCCUAAAACUUUUGUUGCUAAACUUCAUAA